CUGGGCUCCGGCGAGGGUGCUGGACGGUGCUGGGUGGGAGGCCCAACCUAUCCCAACUUGGACUCUGCCCGGGAAUCUGCACCGAAAAUAGAAGACUGACCAAAGUGCGCGCCGGUCGAAUUCAUUGUGUCGCUGUGGAAAUACGUGCUUCUGUCCGCCCUUGAGCGACUUGUUGACCACAAAUAUCUGCGAGGUCCGGCACAUGGAGGGCGACACCCCAAAACCAAGAGAGUCCAUCUCUCUCACGCCUGUGGCCAACGGUCUGGAGAACAUGGGGGCUGAUCUCUUGGAAAGCCUGGAGGAAGGCCGGAUCCCUGGCAACGACUCAAGGAGUGUGGAGGGUGGGGACAGCUGGACCGAAGCCGGCUCGGAGCCUACCCCAGGAUGGAGGCACACGCACCCUGCUCUGAGGGCCAGACGCUUCUGCCGGGAGCACACGCAGCUGUUUGGACGGACCUGCACGGGCCUGCUCUGUACUGUGUUUGCUGCCUUCCUGCUGGUCGCCGGCCUCCUGGAUUUCCACAGGGCCCUGGCCCUGUUCGUCCUCACCUGCGUGGUCCUCGCCUUCCUGGCCCACAGCCUGCUGAGGAGGCUGCUGGGGCCCAGACUGCCGCGGUGUCCCAGGCCUCCGGGGCACUGCCGCCUGCGCCUGUGGUUUGAGAGGGCUCUGGCCCUCGCUGCCCUCCUGGGCCUGGUCUUGUGGCUGGUUCUGGACACCUCCCAGCGACCUGAGCAGCUGGUGUCCUUUGCAGGAAUCUGCGUGUCCCUCUGCCUCCUCUUCGCCUGCUCAAAGCAUCACUGCGCAGUGUCCUGGAGGGCUGUGUCCUGGGGCCUCGGACUGCAGUUUGCACUUGGCCUCUUGGUCCUCAGAACAGAGCCAGGAUUUAUCACAUUCCGGUGGAUGGGGGACCAGAUCCAGACCUUCCUGAGCUACACAGAUGCGGGCUCCAGCUUCGUGUUUGGGGAGGCGAUGGUCAAGGGAGUCUUUGCCUUUCAGGUUCUGCCCAUCGUUAUUUUCUUCAGCUGCGUCAUGUCCAUCCUCUACUACGUGGGCCUCAUGCAGUGGGUGAUCCAGAAGAUCAGCUGGCUGAUGCAGGCCACCAUGGGCACCACGGCCACGGAGACCCUGAGUGUGGCUGGGAACAUCUUCGUGAGCCAGACUGAGGCUCCUCUACUGAUCCGGCCCUACUUGGCCGACAUGACGUGCUCGGAAAUCCACGCUGUCAUGACCGGAGGCUACGCCACCAUUGCGGGCAGUCUGCUGGGCGCCUACAUCUCCUUUGGGAUCGAUGCCGCCUCCCUGAUCGCUGCCUCCGUCAUGGCCGCACCGUGUGCGCUCGCCCUCUCCAAGCUGGUCUACCCCGAGGUGGAGGAGUCCAAGUUCAGGAGCCCAGAAGGGCUGAAACUGACCGUUGGAGACGCUCAGAACGUCCUAGAAGCAGCCAGCAGUGGGGCUGCAGUGUCCGUGAAGCUGGUUGCCAACAUCGGAGCCAACCUGAUCGCCUUCCUGGCGUUGCUGGCCUUCGUCAACGCGGCCCUGUCCUGGCUGGGGGCCAUGGUGGGCGUCCCGGAGCUCAGCUUCGAGCUCAUCUGCUCCUACGUCCUGCGGCCCGUGGCCUUCUUACUGGGCGUGGCCUGGGAGGACUGCCCGGUGGUGGCGGAGCUGCUGGGCACCAAGCUGUUCCUGAACGAGUUCGUGGCCUACCAGGGGCUCUCCCAGUACAAGCGGCGCCGCCUGGCCGGGCUGGAGGAGUGGGUCGGCACCAAGAAGCAGUGGAUCUCCGUCAGAGCAGAAAUCCUCACGACGUUCGCCCUCUGUGGAUUUGCCAACUUCAGUUCCAUUGGGAUCAUGCUGGGAGGCCUGACCUCCAUGGCCCCCCAGCGGAAGGGCGACUUCUCCCAGACAGUGCUCCGGGCACUCUGCACGGGCACCUGCGUGUCCCUCGUGAAUGCCUGCGUGGCCGGGAUCCUGUAUGUGCCCAGGGGGCCUGAAGUUGACUGCACGAUCCUCCUGAACGCAACCCUUAGCAGCAGCAGCUUUGAGGUGCUCCAGUGCUGCCGCAGGGCCUUCCAGAGCACCAGCGCAGAGGUCAGCCCCGGGGCCCUGGACACCUGCUGCCGACUCUACAACCACACGAUGUGUGCAUAGUGGGGACAGCACGUCUUUGGCCGUCUGGGGGCUGUCCUUCCCCACGGAGCACCUGUCCCCUGUCCCUGGGCCCUCUCCUGGUGGAGUCACAGGGCUCAGACUUGCCGCAGUCACCGUUGGAAAGGAAUGAUCAGGAGAGCAGGCAGGGAGUGGAUGGUGUGGAGGUGAAGGACGCCCCCUAGUCCUUGUCCCCUUCCUGCCUCCUCCCGAAAUGUGACUUCUUGGGGUCACCUCCGCCUCCUCUUCUCUCUCCUCCACCUCCAAACAGCACCCUGGUCUUCUUGUCUCCCCACCUUGCAUCUCUCACGUGCUUCCACCAGGGGGCCCCACUCCUGGGGCUUGCAGCCCACUUCCUCUUCCCUGGGCUCGGGGAUCCUGCCUCUGCGGGGACGGGGUCUCCUGGGAACCUCUGCCUCUACUUUCACACACUCCCCGACCACCUUUGCACAGAGCACUUCCCAAACGGGGGGCCCGUGGGACACUGGCCUCCGAGGUGUUUGGGAGAAGCCAGGAUCCACCAGGCAUGGAAAACAAGGGGCUGAAGAGAGUCAGACAGGUUUUAUUUUGUGUUUCUGUUUUACUGUGGACUCAUUAAAGCUUGAUGUAGACGUGA